GAAAGGACAGAAUACACAGGCAACAUUGACUGAAUAUGAGAGAGUCAGACUCCAGCGUGUCACAGUGGAGGAGGCAGUGGGAGGUGAAAGGUCCACAUCAACCAGGAAAACUCAGUCACUCAGGCAUCCCGGAUGUUUACCCAGCAUGCAACAGCAUGGCAGCAGGAAAAAACAAGCAGCGCUGCAGACACUAAACAUCCUUCCUGUGCUUCAGUCCAAUCCUCAGUACGCCAAACCUUUGUUCAGAGGUGUUGGCAUGUUUUCAACAGAGUGGUUCUCAAAGUGAGGGGCAGGGGCUGUGGAGGUAAUUGUAAACAAAGUCAGGACAUCGUGCACAUUCAGCAGCAGUUUCUGCACUCCGCCUUCACACCCUCAGACUUCUACUGUCCUGACUGCUGGAACAUUUCUAUAAUGAUUAUCAACUGGCGGCACGUGGGCCAGAUCCAGCCCGCCGAACCAUCCAGUACAGCUCCUGAUUGGAUACAGCAGACAACAAUUGGCUCCAACAUUUCUAGUAAAUCCGGGGGCCGUGUGAGGACUGUUGUGAAGUGGUGUCGCGGCUGCUGCUCACCUUUGGCUCAGGUUUGUCUUUAAUUAUUGUCCAGGAAGGAACACACACAGCCCAGCUCAUCAACUGGAUAAAUAUUUGACCGCUGUUCCAUAAAUUGGCAUUGAGGGGGGUGGGGGUGGGGGUGCAGGGAACGUUUGAUUUAACAACACAUUCUGUCCGAGCCCGACGUCAUGCGCAGAGCGAUGCACAGUGAAUUGGCUCUCGGCAGGUGACCACAGCGAGAGGUAAAUUAAAACUCACACGUCUGCUGGAGAAAUGAGAGAUUUCAUAUGCUUCCUGAUUUUUGUCCUGUUUAAUUAUAACCUCUGUCAAAGCCUAAUCUUCCACGCUUAGACAGGACGUCCAAUUAAUCAGAAACAGGAAUGUUCUCCGACUAAAGAGAAGAGAGGAUUGUGUCUUAGCGGCACAGAGUUUCAGGAUGAAGAUUUUGUGCUUUGUUUGUGUGUCAGUUGUUGUUUUUAUUUCUCUCCAGUUGCCUGCUGGUGGCUGUGUGUGUGAAAAACUGGUCUAUUUCAACCCAGGAGUUUCACUAACAGGACUCAGGGGCUGGCACUGGCACCAUGUGAGAACGCUCUGAGCAGGACACACAGGCUAUGAGGCGUCACGCCUCCCCAACCAAGAAUCCCACUGUGAUUUUAAGCCGGUGUCGCUUGAGCUCGGCUUACGGUUUAUGCUAAUCUGGAAUCUGCGAAGGAUCAUAGAAAUCCAAACAGUCGUUCCACGUUGGACAACAAAGGCAGGCGAAGGACAAAGGAGACAAAAAGUUUACUUUCAAAACUGGAAAGGCUUGAAAUUUCUGUGCUUAUUAGAGCGCCGGUGGGAAAUGCAUGAAGUAACAUUUGAAAUAUUAUAACAGUGACACUUUCAUCUGAGCCUUAAGCUGCUACUCCUGAUUCACGGUCGCAGUAAUCAUGAGCAUUUCUCACCGACGGUGUGUGUGCCCGCGGGUUCAGAACUCAUAAGCAGCGAUGAGUCACCUCGGUCACGAAGCUGUAACUUUGCAUCAAUCAUCACAAUGCGGUCUGAUAAGUCAGACCUGCCAGGUCCUGAUUGGUAUGCGCUCCAUGUCAUGUAUACAGUGGAGUUGUAAGAACUCCCACCAGGUCAGCGUGUUACUGCAUCACUGUGUUAUUUGCAUCUAAUUGGUUGACACCAAAUUGCAUCUCUCUCUUCUGGAGAUGUUUCCUCAACAUCAUCACUACAGCAGUCCAUGACGACAGACGGGUCAAUCACUGUCACUGUCGCACCAACUUUGGGUGAUUCUUGGUACAAAUUAUACACAAGGGUGUGUGGUUUUCAGGGUAUUUUCUUGUAUUCUGAGGCCUUUUGACUUUUUACAAAAGUCAUAGUAUAGUAUGUUGUUUUUCCAAAUCAGGAAAUUAUGUUCUUUGCCAUUUUUGGUACAAAUUAGACACAUGUUUGGAUAAUUUGGGGAAUUGUGUUUUCAUUUUGAGAUUUGUUUUUGGGGAUUUUUUCACAAAAGUCAUAGUAUAUACAGAAUUUUGGUCAAUAUAUGACAAUUUUUAUAUAUAUAUUGUUGACAAAACUCAUAGUAUAGAAUCACAUUUUUUAAUUUAUUUUUUACAAAUCAGGAAGUUAUUUUUUUUCACAUUUUUGGUACAAGUGAGUACAGGUUUUGGGGUAUUUUUUUCCAUUCUUAUUUUUUUGGAUUUUCAUAUAAAUCAUAACAUGUUUACACCAAAUUCCAUCUCUCUCUUCUGGAGAUCCCUCCUCUGGUCUCCUCAACAUCAUCACAACAUCAGUCCGUGGAACAGCAGUGAUCCUGACUGACAGGAGCCUGGAGAAGCCAUCUUGAAUCAGCGGCGCGGGCGUCGUCCUCACAUGUGGAUUUCACAUCACCUGGCAUGUGUCCUCUGAAUGAUGUCAUUAAGUUGAACAAAUAUAAGGUCGUAGACCCACAGAGUGGACGGCCUCAUCCUUCAAAUACAUCUCCAUACUGCCACCCAGAUAGGGAGAGUGAAAGCACUGCAUGCUGGUUAACGGAGUCCCCUUGCUCUGAGCAGCGCCAGGCAAUGGAGUGAAGGAGUAUCUGUAUCCAAGUAAUUACAGUCUGAGAGGUCACAGGGGUCCUGUGUGAUUACACAUCAGCCCUGUAAUGGAUUCAACACUUACAGACGGAGUGAGAGAGAGCCAUGUUCUCUACCUUCCUUGCUGCAAAGGCAGAGGACGGGUGGAGAAGAGGAGACAAGGUGGGGCGGGGUAGGUAGGUAUAUCUGUAAGAUGGAUUACGUGGGGUUUGCCGAGUUCAACAUUGACACAGAUUCAUCGUAAAUCAUUAUGCCGGGGACCCGGAGUGAUUUCUGCAUUAGUAGCAGAAAAUAGAGUUCAGCCAGUCAAUGAGCGGGGGCAUAUUUCACAUCAAUCACCUCCACACUCACAUGUUUUCGAGGCUUAAAUCUCACUUAUACAGUUACCAAUAGGGUUCAACUCCUAUGAUGGCAAUCAGCAAGACACCGCGCUAACAAUACCCUGCUGACUACACGGAGGACUCGGCAUGAGGCCCCGCUGCCAUUUAUUUAAAUUUAAUUAUACAUGAAUUGAAAUGUAGCAAAGAAUAAGAGUAUUGUCACCGAAGAGGUUGUUGAGGUGACAUUUUUAUUCAAAGUUUAAACACAACCUGUCAAACUUUUACAUAGAACAUUUUUUCGUUUUUUUUUUUAUAUAAGAAUCAUUAGAGCUUCAAAUUCUGAGAUUUUGCAGCUAAGUAUUUACAACCGUAGGUUCAGGGGCUUUUGGUUUUCAUGAAGUUACAUUUUUAUUCGAAUUUCACAAAAAUAACUAUUAUUUCCUGUUGAAAUAUAUUUAAUUUUGUCAUUGUUUAAAUAUUUUGAUGAUUAGAAGAAAUUGAGGAAAUCAGUGUGAUUCAGGUCCCUGUAUUUACCUGGACCUAGAUGACAAGGAAAAGAAAAAUAAGGUUUUUUAUGUUUUAGAAAACAGCUUUUGUUAUUUCAUAAGAUAGUUAAACUUCCUUAUUUUUUCGGACCUUUAACUUCCAGUAACAAUCCAUAACAGUAACUGUUUGUGGCUAUCCAUCUAUUCAGCUUUAGCACCGGCAACCCGUGUAGCCAAUUGAACCUUGUCAUUCAGGAAUAGCAGAAAAGAAAAAUAAAGCCAAAAAUAGUUGGAAAAUAUAACCAAAUAUUGAAUGAAAAUGUUAUUAAACGCUAAAAUUGAUACAAAAAUAGACAAAAAGCUAAAUGUCACUAAAAACUAGCAUGAGAAUGGAAAAAAAGUGUAAAUGUCUGGCUAAAGGUUAGCCAGAAUGUUGGGCAAAAUUGGCCAUAAUAACUUAAAUUACUAAUAAACCUUACAAUUAGCCAGAAAUUAUUAUUAUUAUUAUUUAAUAAUUGACAGACAGAACUUGAAGCUAGGUUGCUAAUGAGGAAUAAAUGUCAAAAGACAAUACACAGCUAUUAGCUUCCUUAUAGCUAACGUCUUAUGGGUAAAAUUUAACAAAAAAAGUUUAUAACAAUUAAAACAAAUCAAUAAAGUGAACUUAACACUUCCAGAAGAGGCUAAAUGUUAGCCACAAGUAUGACACGAAUAACUUAGAACUUAGCCAAAAGAAGGCUAACUCUCAUAGAGACGUGAAUAAUUUUGGCAAACAGCCUUAAAAUGUAAAUGUAAAUAUAAAAACUCUAUAUAUUCUACUCUACAUAUUUAUUUUAUUCCUUGUUAAUUGUGGUAUUUUCUUCCGUUACUGUGUGCGUGGGACACAUGUGGAGGGAGGGCUCUGUUAGCCGUUGAGCCGCCAAAGGAAGCUGAGCGGGGAGAGAACACAGCGGCCCCUCCACUGCAGGAAUCCGGAUAUGAUGAAAAUGUUUUAGACGCAACCAACUUCAGCAAAACUGCAGCCACUGUAGCGUCGACGCGUUACCGGAAUAUUUGGUGGAUAUUUCUUUCAAACGACAACAACCUGACUGAGGGUCGAACUUUCAAACAAACCGGGAAACGAGUAGGAGAAAGGAAGGAAGGAUGGGAAUAUUUCAAAUCUGAAGCAGAGGGAGUUGUCAUGUUUGAAAGCGUUGAAAGCUGAGGGCUCGAAGGGAGGAACUUCUGGCUGACUGUGACUGAGAGUCCCCCCCCCCCCAAAAGACAACUGUCUCAUGUCCAAGGAGACUGUCCUACCUCCAGAUGGGGCAGCGGGGCCGGGGAAGGGCGCCCGGCAAGAGACAAGUCCCCUGCUGUCAACAUCACAUGAUCCCCAUGACAGUGAAUCAUCAGGAAGAACACCAUCUCCCAGGAAACUGGCCACUGAUGGACCUGGUCAUGUGACAGAAGAGAAGCCUAAUUAUUGUGAGCCUGUGAGAACUCAACCUCACUCUGAGUCACGACCAGCGUCGGACUUCACCGAGGGAGACUCCGCCAGGGACCAGAACAACUGUCGCCCCAACGGCACUGGCACGCCAGCACUGAGCAAUGGCGGCGGAAUCCACCCUGGGAUCAGCAGUGCUGGUGGCCCACGCGUGUGCUCCUGCGGCGCCACCAUCAGCACAGGCGCAGAGAGAGGAUCAGGCUCCGGCUCCAAGGGGACGUCUUCUGCGCCGACUACAGAGCAGCCCAGGAAACAGCCGUCCACGCCGGUGUCACAGAGAGUGCAGAGGAAGCUGAGGUCCAGCUUGUCAGUCAACAGCGACAGCAGCCGACGCAGCAAAGGAAGUUCCACCGGGUCACAGAAGGCGCCUUUACCAGAAGACUGCUGCGUCCACUGCAUCUUGGCCUGCCUCUUCUGCGAAUUCCUCACUCUUUGCAACAUGGUGGUGGCCCAGGCCUCGUGCGGCGCGUGCACGUCGGAGGCCUGCUGCUGCUGCUGCUGCACUGACGACCUGGGAGACGACUGCAACUGCCCCUGCGACAUGGACUGCGGCAUCAUGGACGCCUGCUGCGAGUCCUCGGACUGCCUGGAAAUCUGCAUGGAGUGCUGCGGCAUCUGUUUUCCAACAUAGGAGCAUGUUGUCGGUGGUGUUGGUGUCGUGGAGCGCGAUGAAAGGGAUAAAUGGACCCUGGAAGGAAAAUGAAAGGGAUGACGCUGCUGUCAAAUGUCAAAUUUGGCAUCAGACAGUUGGAAGGAGAGUGCGCGUGAAUGUGGGAGCGAAAAAUAAAAUUAGCGAGUGUGUAGGGUAGUAGAGUGUGGCUGAACAAAUUAACUACACGUAUACGAACGUCAAUAAAAAUCUCAAGUGAGAAGGAGCUCUUUAAUCGAUUUCAGCACAUCGACCUGUUGUUAGACGUCCAAGAAAAGGCUCCUUAUCAAUAGUAGAAAUCACUUCUGAUCUGCCAAGUUGACGGCGGUGUGCUGUUUUUAAACACAAACUUAGCUAACAGGGAGCGGAAUAAGCAUCCUGGAAAACCUGGAAACUACAUGAAAAAAAAAAAAUUCCAGUCAUGGAAAUUAUGUAAAUGAGGGGAAAAAGUCAAAUGUCCUGGAGAAUCUGACGUCAUACUGGAAUUUUUUUUUUUCUUCCAUCUGUUUGUCCCAACAUUUAAAGUGCACAAAAACAGGGUUAAACUGAAUUUCUUCAGUUUGGAUUUUAUCGCUAGAUUUGGCCACUUUUACAAUACUUUAAAAAAAAAAGAAAUUUGAUGAAGAAUGGUGUCGGUAAUAGACUCUGACAAGUUGGUCUGACAAUGACGUCUUGUUACGAUCCACUUCAUGUUGCAGUUCACUUGUAUUGAUAUGUUGAGCACGUUUAGAGGUUGUAGCUGAAGAACAGCACAGAGGUUUGUAACAACAGGCUGAAAUCGAGCUGAUAUUUCCUCUCAUAUUUAGUUCCUAUGAAGUAUUCUUAGCCAAAAGUCAAAUAGAAUCAAAGUUCUUUUCUCUUUUAUUGUUGAUCAUUUGUUUUUAUACUUGCAACAUUCGUACUUCACCACAACACUGUAAAAUAUGUUUUUGUGACGGUGACAUUUAUACACUUGAAAUGCAUACUUUAUCCAAUGGAAUUUUGGUAACAUUCCAUCUACUGUAAAACACUCCAAACUGGUAAAAUAUGAAAGAUGAAUUGGUCAUUUUUACCUGUUACUUUCUGGCACUAGUUGUCCAUAAAGUCAAUAACGGUCUAUUAUAACAUGGAUUUACUGCACAGUAAAAAAAAAAAAAAGUUUCGUGUUUGGUUCAAUACUGGAAUGUGAACAAAAAUGUUCAUAGACCAAGUUUAUGUCGCGCAAAUUUAUGUGAUUUAGUUCUAUCUCCAAAACGUGAUGUAACUGGAAACAGUGUGGGUCUCUUUGUUUUGUUUUUUUUUUUUGCUGUGUGAAGAAAACAUUCCUACAAAAAAUUUGGAGAUUGCUAAGAUUCCUAAUGCUGGACUUUUAAAGAAAUAACUUUAAUAAAAUGAAUUAACUAAUAACACGCAUUAGAAGUUCAGAUCCAGAUCUUGAGUCAGAAGACGAUAUCCAGCAAAAUGUCUAGAGAAAAUGAAACCAUGUUGUCAUGUUAUUGACUCACCAGUUUCAUAGUCUUCAUGGGCUGAAGUGUUAUAUAUAUA